GUUUUCCGACAUGUUCAGUUCAUUGCGAGGGUCAGUCAUAGCUGGCACAAGUAGAGUUUCCAUCUCUCGAUACAGCACCACAAUACAAGCUAAGAAGAAACUUGUCAUUCUCGGCAGCGGUUGGGCAGGGUAUAAUCUGGCCAGACGUGUUGAUAAAUCACUCUAUGAUGUAACUUUGGUGUCACCGGUAUCUUACUUCUCCUUCACCCCUUUCCUAGCGUCUACCUCGGUAGGAACGUUGGAAUUUCGAUGCGCUACCGAGCCUGUGAGAGGUAUAAAAGGUCUGGAGUAUGCUCAAGGGUGGGCGGAUAGUAUAGACUUUGAACGAAGAGAACUUCGAAUAGAAUCAUCCGUAACUCCACCACACGCAGAAUUAGCAGCCAUGGUUGCUCGUACUCACCCCAAUCAUCCCGGUCACCCAUCAAUCCAAUUUUAUAAUUUACCUUAUGAUAAACUUGUCAUAGCGGUUGGUUGUUACUCUGCAUCAUUCGGGAUCCCUGGGGUCAAGAAACACGCUCAUUUCCUCAAAGAUAUCAGAGAUGCUCGAAAAAUCAGAAGACGUCUAUUGGAAUGUCUUGAACAGGCAUCAGAACCAACAUGUUCUCCUGAACUUAGAAGGGCCCUGUUAUCUUUCAAGAUCGUCGGCGGAGGACCUACAGGAGUUGAAUGGGCCGCCGAACUUCAUGACUUUGUUCAUCGUGACGUCUAUCGGUUAUAUCCUCAUCUGAAAGACCAAGUCCGUAUCACCUUAUACGACGUCGCUCCCGGUAUCUUGAUUAAUUUCGAUGCGAGUUUGAGGGCAUACGCAGAGAAGAAAUUCCAUAGGGACGGGGUGACCAUUCGUCCUAAUUCUUCGAUCACUGCCAUGGGAGAAGAUUGGGUUGAGCUGGAUGGAAAGGAACGACAUCCUUAUGGUCUAUUGGUCUGGUCCACCGGUCUGUGUCCUAAUCCUUUCAUCGCUUCGCUUCCGGUCAAGAAGCACGAACGUUCCCGAGCAAUCCUGGUCGACAAAUGGCAACGUGUUGUAAAUACAGAGGGACAGCGUCUGAAAGGCGUGUUUGCCAUCGGAGAUAAUGCUACUCCGGCUGAUGGUCCACCUCUCCCAGCCACGGCCCAAGUGGCUACUCAGCAAGCAAAGUGGCUUGCCAAGGCACUGAACGCUCAUGGACGUGGUCAGACACUCGAGUCUCAGCCAGGGUUCGAGUGGAAGAAUUGGGGAAGUAUGGUAUACGUUGGAAAUUCGAGGGCUUUGGUAGAUCGCUCCAGAGAAGAUGUAGCAGGUCCUAAAAGUCGUAUGGCAGGUUGGGCAGCUUGGAUACUUUGGAGAUCCUACUACGCUCAAUUGGCUAUGGGUUGGAGAAAUAAGGUGCUCGUGCCAAUUCAUUGGACUUUGGCAAGCUUUUUUGGUCGGGAUAUCACUCGGUUUUGA